GAAGAACAAAGAGAACCUCCAGAGUAGCAGACAUUGUUCAAGGUUUUCCUACAAUGUCGUCCUCCAAUCAAUCCCUUCUCCUUUCAGUCCUUCUCUUUGCUCUCAUCUCUUCCACCAUUUCCCGAUCAAUAAUCCGAAUGCCUAGUGCUACCAGCCGCCGAAAUAUCCACGCUGAUGACAACUAUCUAUAUUGCGACAGCUGGCGAUUGUCCGUCGAGACCAACAACGCCGGAUCCUGGUCUACAAUCCCCUCUUCAUGCGUUAGCUUUGUUCAAGACUACAUGACUGGUGAUCGCUUCAUCUCGGACUCCGAGACCGUCGUAGCAGACUCUCUGGCCUUUGCCUUGACUGUGGAGAUCGUCGGCGAUGGCAAGGACGCUUGGAUCUUCGAUGUCGAUGACACUCUGCUCUCCAAUCUUCCUUACUACCAGGACAAUGGAUGGGGAUCAGAACCCUACAAUCAUACUGCUUAUUAUGAAUGGGUGGAUUUGGCUAAUGCUCCUGCUAUACCUCCAAGUUCUUAUUUGUUCAAGGAGCUCAAGAAGCUUGGGUUCACUAUAUUUUUAUUGACAGGGCGCGAUGAAUUUCAAAGAAAUGUUACCGUCAAAAACCUUCUUUCUGAAGGAUUUUCAGGCUGGGAAAAGCUUAUCUUGAGGCAGGAAUCAGACCAGGGCAAAAAGGCUGUUCUCUAUAAGUCUCAGAGGAGAUUGGAGUUGAUUAAGAAAGGUUACAGGAUUCAUGGGAUGUCUGGAGAUCAAUGGAGUGAUUUGUUGGGCUUUGCAGUUGCAGAACGAUCCUUUAAGCACCCAAAUCCAUACUAUUACCUUUCUUAGCUCGAAAAUGAACGAUAAUGUGAUAUUAAUGCUGGGUUUUAAUUAAGGUUUUAAAGCCACUAGGCCUAAUGAAAAUAACUCCCUUUGGGAGAAUUAUAUGUGUGUGUCUA